AUGGACAACACGACCUCAAUGUUUUACAUCAACAGGCAAGAACUGUUGAUAUUUGCCUUGGGACAUACUGAAUCUGUAAACGAUACUUUAAUAAGGGGCUCUCUUCGACAUUUUCCUUUUACUGCAAUGAAGCCUGAAAGUCUCAUGAUUCUUUAUGAGGAUGACUCUGUAGAGGUGCACUAUAUAGAUGGAUCCAGACUGCUUCUUUCUCCCUGUGGCUCUGAAUUCCUCUUUGAAAAGGCACUUCCUGUCUCUGCCCAUCCUCUGCAGCCAGCUGAAAGGAUUCGCCAAAGGACUCAGUUUGUUAUUAGUACCUACCGAGAGCAACUCCUACGAGCAAUAGAUUUCCGGAACCAGUUUUGUAGUUCCUUGUAUUUACCUUCAAGUAUCAUACCUUCUGAAAGGAAAAAUAUUCUUCUCUCUGAUAUCUCAGAAAUCAAUUGGCCUAGCCCCAAUGCUACUGAUGCAGCAGAAUGUAUGGAUAAUGGCAGUGUAAAAAUCUCAUCCUUAGAUGGUCAUGCUUAUCUCUGCAUGUCAGAACUGCAGCAAGAGUUUACAGUGGAGUUUUUAUGCAAAGUAAGCCAAAAGUGUGCUGCGUCUUCAUCUUUCUCUGAAAAAAACAGCAAUAAUCAAAAAACAGGUCAGCAUGGAAAAUCAAGCAGAAGUUUUAUCUCAGAAAUGUUUCCUAAACAAAUGAGAAUGGAGAAUAAGAAAGAGGAACAUUGCUGGACUAUAAACAAAUGCAGGGAACUGGACAAAUCAAAGGGCUAUUUAAACCAAAUAAAAGGACAAGAUGAGGCCCCAUUGUCUCUUACAUGCUGUUCAUCUGAAUACGUGUGGGUUAUGCAGCGCUGGUCUGUUUCCUCAUAUCCAGAAGAAUGGAAAUACCCUUUGUCCUUGGCAUUAAUGUUCUAUCAAUUGCACACUGAUAACAUAUGUAAAACAUAUGUGGAGAAUAAAUGCACUAGAAAUGGAACUGCAGGAUCUGAUGUUUUAAAGGAAAGUGAAAAAACAAAGGCAGUUUCUCAUUUGCCUAGAGCUUUGCCACUCAGUUGUAGUGCACCACACCUACACAGGUGGCGUUUCUGUGACUUCUUUCUACAGAGGAAGCAAGAAAGUGAACAUAAUUCAUGCCCUCUACUAAUAAAAAUUGUUUGGUGCCAGGGUAUUAUUUACAGGCUUAUCCAUGAUAUUGAAAACUUUAUAGAAAUUUAUCCUGGAGAUGGAUCAGUUUUCAAGUCAGAAGGAGCAUUUUUGGGAAACUAUUUUACACAGUAUUCCGUUCACAAAGAGGUGAGGGAAUUGACAGAAAAAAUGUAUUCAGCAAACAGUCUGCCUCCUGAUACACCAGAAAGUCCAUACUCCAUCUGUUCCAUUAUUACCCAGGCAACCAGAAUUCUCCAAUACUGUUACAAGACUAAACUUUCAUUAACCCAUAAUUACAAUAUCUGCUGCUGGAGAAUGAUACCAGGGACAGAUGGAAGAGAAAUGCUGCCGGUUCCGUUGCAUGAAACAGUUAUUCCUAAUGUGGGAAGACUUGUUGCAUAUUCAGAUAAUAAAGUCCAUGCUCUGUUUUGUGAUGGGAUGACCUUCAAUAUGGUUUGGGAUUUCAGCUCUUGCUAUGGAAGAACACAGAACAAUGAUGCUCUUUCGUCUUUCUCUUCCAAGAUAAAUCAAGGUGCUACCACAGGAUGGUGUAAAGUAAUUUCUCCUGAUGGGGCACAGCAGCUAAUCCAGAUAAACCAUCCUGGACUCUAUGAAAGGUACAUCAAAACAGUAGUAGCAUGGUGCAGAAGUUUGAAUGAUGAUGAGGGAGAGACUCUUCCUGCAACUGAAAGAAACUGGUCUGUUGUUGCUGAACUUGAGAAAAUACAAAGAUUUAACUUCUUACUGCAGAACAGCAAUGUUCCAAACAAGACUUCGGCUAUGAAAAAUAAUCCAUCUCACAUUACUGAUAGACGACCAGAAAACAGUUUACCUGAGGAUAUUGGUGAAAGGAGCAUAUCAGAGGCUUUGGAAAAUACUUCAAAAGUCAUCCAAGAUAUUGAAUCUCUCCUAGCCUCCUCUGAGAAGUGA